CCCAUACGGACACACCGACACCGUUCGUGCAAGCAAUGAAAGCGACAGUGAGCUUACUGCUGCUCCUGCUGCUGUCCGUGGUCACACUCGGCACGUGCCGUACGGGAGGCUUCAAGGGUACGCGCACUUACAACCUGGAAACGGAUGAGGAUCGCUAUGGACGGUACGAGCGGGUACUGAUCGGGCUGAAAACUUCCGAAGGGCUGCGGUUGGAUCCGGCCCUGCUGGACGAGGUGCGCCAGGUGUUGCUGCAGGAGGAACGGCAGGCCGCAUCCGGCCGGGAAGUGGAGCCGGUCGAUGUGCAUCUGUACAAGCCGCUGCAAUCGCGCCAUAUCGCCCAACUGCUUUACCGAGCGCGGCUUGAUGCGGUGUCGGGCACGAACCGGCGGACACGAUAGCCGCAUGCCACGAGGGGAAGCAAUAUGUAUUAUGUAUGUGCAGCAUUGCCGGGCAGAAGCGGUUGGUUAACCGGUUGGGUUGGUUUAGUUUUUGGCAGGCACGCGUGUCACGGGAUGAUUUGAAAUUGACACAGCGGGUGCCAGGAUGACCAGAGUACAAAACAUAUACCGUAGGGCAGAAGAGGAUGGUGGUAAAACGAUCGGAAAUAAACAUUGUAUAUUUUUAAGCUAAAGAGAGGGUUUGUGUCGUA